CCUGCAGGAUGUUAGGAUUCAACAGUGUGUGGGACACGAAACCAGCCUGACGCAGUGUCAACACCGGGGGCUCUACAGACACUACUGUGACCACUCGAAGGACGUCGGCGUCAUGUGCAACAUUACGUGGGGAAAAUGGGGGACCUGGUCAGCAUGCAGCGCCACCUGUGGAGAUGGAAAAAGGUCAAGGCAGCGCACGUGUAGCGCCACACACGGUACAUGUCCAGGGAAGACUACACAGAUCGUCACGUGUAACAUCAUCGCGUGUUGUGUUCCUAGACAUGGACAGUGGAACAUCUGGGGCAGCUGGUCUUCAUGUUCUCGAUCUUGUAAUAAAGGAACACGUACAAGGUCAAGGACGUGCUCUGAACCAAACGCCUGUGGACGACCUUGUGAAGGGAAGAAUUCUACAGAGGAACCCUGUUAUGUGUGUCUAGAUCCCCCUGAGGUGCCUUCCUUACUACUCGACAACCAAACUACCGUCAACUACACCACGAAUGUCAACAGCAGUGUUAACUUUACCUGCCGACUCGGUGCCGACAACGUAGAGACCCUUGUACUGUUGAAGAUCACAAGAAAUGGCUCACAAAAAGUUCAAGGCCUCGGCACAUCUUCUCUCUCCUUCAGAAUACAGAAAGCAGGAUGUGCUGACUCGGGUAUCUACUAUUGUCGGGCUGGCAACACAGUGGGACAAACUAACUCCACGUCGGUGAAACUCAGUGUGUUGUGUUCACCAGGAUGGGCCAGCGACACCUUAGCAACAACCAGGGAACUAAAGGUCACGGAAGGGCUAGAAGGACAGACAACCUUUGAACUCAUAGCCUCCCCAGUUCCUACUAUCGACGGUUUUAUUUAUCAUCAAGAGGAGAUGAAUUCUUCUGCUCAGGAGAAGCCAGUCAGAUCCGAUCUUUUUACUGGGAAAUGCGAGCAGAAGACACCGGACCUUCACCUGGCUUCCUGCACUGUGUAUGUUACACAAGCCACGCCUACAGAUACCGGACUGUACAGUGUCCACGUCAGCAACUCUAUGGGCGCCAUGACUGUCACCUUUGAACUCCGUGUGAUUGCGUGCAGAGACAACCUAACUGACUGUCCCAGUCUCGCCAGCCGCUGUCGUGAACUUUUUGUACAAGAGUUAUGUUGGAAGACAUGCUCAGGGUGUCGUGAACAAACAAGCAAUCAAACAAGUAUUUAAUAGAAAUUUCUAUCUCUCUCUCUCUUGUAUUCUCUCUGGUGUAUGUAUCGCAUGUUCUAUCCUCUUGAUGAUCCCAAUAGUUGAUGUUGUCUAUUCAGACUUUAGACUAACGAGGGCGACCUUACGAUUCCAAAAUUCUUUCUGCUCCUGUCUUACUUUGGACAUAAAUGAUUUCCACCUCGCGACGUAAUAUACAAUUCAAACGCACGUCUAUUCUUUGUUUCAACAAAACAAGUUAAGAUUUCACCUUAUUUUUUUUUACUGACAGUAACAAAGAUAACCAUCAUAAAUAUAAAAAAAAUAUAAAUAUACAUUACCUUGUCUAGGCAAGGACUCGCACGCUUUAACAGUCUCUUUCCCAUAGAAACGUUUCACGGUGUCUUUCACGUACCCGAUAUUUCGUGUAAGAGGCGAGAUUUCUGAGAAGACAUCUGUGAGUAAAGCUCUGAAACUUCCGGUGGCUGUUAAUGAUCGGUUUUAACUUCGAAUCUUUUAUAUUUGUUUAUUCAUGCUAUGUGUCUUACACCUCUUUCGGUAUUCGUGAUGAUCUGUCGACCUUCCACUAAGGUCUCUAAGCGUGAGUACUACUUCUUUUAUUUUAUAGCAAAAGUCUGUUCAAAAAGCUACUUAAUGAUGUAGACCUGUAUUAGUAAAAAAUUUUGUUAAUAUCGUAAGUAGUAUAUAUCACUAUAUCUAAGUUUACAAGCGAGAGUAAGUCUGUAAGUAUAAAUCAGUGUCCACACACUAGUAGUUCUAUCCAUGUGACAGUAAUUAUAAGUCAGUAGCCAAGAUUCCUUACAAUAAAGUAACACAAAGGAAUGAAGUGGGUCUUUACACCACUUUGCCCUUGUUGUUCCCCACUUUCCCUCGGGGAAAAGUUUCACCUCGCUUAAAGACACAAAGACUCAACUGUCUCGUGUAAGUAGAUGAAUUUAGCGGUAGAUGUGUAAUGUUGUAAAUAUAAACAUGAAGAAAACGUUUUUAAUAGAUUUUCGACUUGUUAAAUAUGCAAACAUGUCUUCAGUACUUUUCAGAUAAAUAUUAUUUACGUGUGUUUUAUGUUGUUCAGGAAAGCUUCAUUCAGAGACCUACCUACAGAGAAGGAACAAGUGUAUAAGUGGUCUAAUUACAGACUAAAAGACUUACAGAACCUGAGACAGUUACAUGGUGUAGUCCACAGUCAAGUUUUUAUAAAAUGCUUGUAGCAGCGGCUGGUGUCGUAGUGGCUAAAGCACCUGUCACCACCACAGUGAUUGCUGGAGUGUAUUUGGUUCGGAUCUUGGUUUCAGUCUCUUUUUCUAGGUGUGUGUUUGUGUGUGUGUGGAUGUGAUGGAUUUAUAGCUUUUUAAUUUGAUUUUGUGAUUAACCACCUUUAUGUAAAACAGGUUGAUGAUCUGUUAGAUAUCAAUCAGGCGUUACGUAACUGAACAAAAAAAUAAUUUGUUAACGUUACAAUGUGUUGUUUGAAGAUAUUAUUUACAGACAAACUGCUGCCCGAGUUUACGUUGUGAGUGUUACACAACAUCAGUAGCUGCUGACAGUGACCUCAUGUCUACACGGUCUACACAACGUCACGUGACUUUUGAGAGCAGCCGAGAGAAGAGGCUCUGUGCACACCACAGUCUGAGAGAUGGAUCAUUGGACUGUCUGCUGCCUUGAUUUUGACAAAAAAAGUUUUUGUUUUCAAAACAGUCCUCGUGACAUCGCUUCCCCGAGUAGAUGUGACAUUUGUAAUAUUUAAAUAAUGACUUCUACUGUUUGUUUGUAUUUCAAGAACUGCACAAAAUGUGGCUAAAAACUAUUUUUUACAAAGCGAAAAUAUCGCAGACUGAACUGUAAGAACUAAAACAAUUUAAAGCGAAACACGAUUCACUUUAUUUUUUUUUCGUGUGAAACCUGGUGCAAGUUGUUUGGUAUAAUAAUGAGAGAAGUGAACUACU